AUGGAUGAGAAAGCACAUCACCCCCAAACCGGCAACCCACCAGAAUACUCCCCGGGGUACCCUUCAGCUUCUUCGGGAUAUCCACCCACUAAUCCAGGAUAUCCUCCCACAAAUCCAGGGUAUCCUCCCACAAAUCCAGGAUAUCCACCUACUAAUCCAGGUCACCCUCCUGCUGUUAAUCCGGCGUACCCUCCCGCUGCCCCGGGCUACCAACCUGCACCUCCACCGGGAUAUCCCCAACCAACAGCCCCAGGAUAUCCUCCAGGCGGCGUUCAAACCACAGUGAUCGUUCAACAGCCGUUCGUCGGCAGAGUACCAGAGCACCCAUUCAGUACGGUCUGUCCGAACUGCAGGGCCCAGAUAGUCACGCAUGUUGAUUAUCAGUCUGGUGCUCUUGUCUGGUUAAUAUGCUUGGGUCUUGUCCUUUUUGGAUUAGUGUUCGGGUGCUGUCUGAUACCAUUUUGCAUCAACGGGCUGAAGGACGCCAGCCAUACUUGCCCGCAGUGCAAAGCUAUGAUCGGAAAAUAUUCCAGACUGUAA